UCCCUCCCCUCUCCCCCGCACAGCGGCCCGGCCCGUGAGGGGAUGGAGGGCGGCGGCGCCGCGGCAGCGCCCGACGCGGUGCCGGAACGGGAGCCAGAGCCGGCGCUGGGGGCUGGGCUGGCGCUGGGCGCGGCAGCGGCGGGCGCCCCUCUCGGCUACCUGCACGUCCUGUGGCAGCGGGAGGAGCCCGCAGGCAAGAUCCCGGCCCGCCGCCUGCGCAGGGCCGCCCGCCUCCACCGCCGGCUGGGGCCGACGGGCAAGGAGACCCACGCGCUGAAAAGGCUGCGUGAAGCUGCCAAUAGCAACGACUUGGACACAGUGCAGCAACUCUUGGAGGAUGGAACUGACCCCUGUGCCGCGGAUGACAAAGGCCGGACAGCCCUGCACUUUGCCUCCUGCAAUGGCAACGAUCAUAUCGUGCAACUGCUUCUGGACCAUGGGGCUGACCCAAACCAGAGAGAUGGGCUGGGAAACACCCCUUUACACUUAGCUGCCUGCACGAACCACGUUCCUGUCAUCACCACGCUGCUGCGCGGAGGGGCCAGAGUUGAUGCCUUGGAUCGAGCAGGCAGAACCCCACUGCACCUCGCUAAAUCAAAGCUAAACAUUCUGCAGGAAGGACUCUCCCACAGCCUGGAGGCUGUACGCCUUGAAGUGAAACAGAUUAUCCAAAUGUUGCGGGAAUACCUGGAGCGUCUGGGGAGGCACGAACAAAAGGAACAGCUGGAUGACCUCUGCUCCAGGUUACAGAUGACCAGCACAAAGGAGCAGGUGGACGAGGUUACAGACCUCCUGGCCAGCUUCACGUCACUCAGCCUGCAGAUGCAGAAGAUGGAGAAAAGAUAAUGGGCUUCCAAAUCAUCUUCCUGAUGCAGCAGCAGAAGCCUUAGAGAGAAAAAGAGGAAGCUGAAGCUUCCCCGAUCGCUGAAUAGACAUUGCUGCCCGCGGCUGUUCCUGCCAGAUCCACUCUCCAGUGGUGCUCAGACUGUCCCUGCGGAUGCUGCCACAGCUGCCUCAUGGAGAGGCAGAAGGCUUUGUACAACAGGCAGAGUGCUGCAGCAGAGACUUUUAUAAAAAAAAAAAAUCUGUUCUCAGAUGGGCUGGCGCUGAAUAGAUUGCCCCAUCCAGAGGUAUUCUGCCUUCUCCUAAGUGCUUCAGUUUGAUGUAAGUGGUGGCUGAUGCCAUAUGUAGUCACCAGCCCUGACUAGUGUGCUCAGCAGCUGGCCAACAUCACACAGAUGCUUGGAACAGGCGCCUUUUGCCAUCUGCGCCGUACUUAAUCGUGUGGGGGAGAAAGUGGAUGCCUUGGACAACAGAAGGCUUUGUGCUGUGAGAAGAACACGCGCUUAAUUCUGCAUGCUAGCAGCUGAGCAAACACCCUGCCUUGAGAAGCACACACCAAGGCUUAAUCUUCACCUUCCCCAGAGCCUGCAGGCAGAGGGCAGAGAAUCUGUCUGGUUACAAAUGGGAUACAAAGCUUUUAAUCACUGGACUAACAGCUUUCACUGGCCUCAUUUUUUUUUUAAAUCACUGCUGUGAUUUAGUGCUUAAAUACUAGAGUGAAACACUUGCAAAAACACCCAGGCAGACAGCUAGCAGGUCAGAGCUGCCCUGAUGCAAUACUAGGGUUUGGAGGGAUGGCACAGUUUUAGGCAGACAUCUACAUCUUGCAAAAAAAACCCACCAUAACUGACUUUUGUGUUUCCUAUUUCUGUCGGUCUUGGGCGAGAGGUCCAGUUGCGACAGGAGGUGUAUAUUCAGACAUAUUUUUUUGGGGCUGGGAUGGAGGUGGAUUUACAGCUCCCUCAGCAGCACCAAACCUAGAACUGACCUAGAAUUGUUUUUCUUCCUUAUUAUGGAGAGGUGCUGCUCCAGGACCUUACAUGCAGUGUGAGGAACAAGUUAUGACCUCUGCUGGGAGCCUGAAGUGAUGCAGCUGUGAAGGACGCAGGGAAUUGCUCUUGCUGCUCUCUUGCUUCUGCCCCACAGUGGUUAGUAAUGAAGAUGUAGACAGCUUUGUUUUGGAGCAGGGGUCCGUGAAAUCUUGUCAGUAGGGCACCAACAGCAGCAGAGUGACAAGAACGUGCCCAACAGCAAUCUGAGUUCCCACCUAAAUGACAUGGUGGGCUGGCAGCAAGACCCAUCCCACAAUUUGGGAAUCACUGGUUUGGAAGAGUUUGUUUUUAGGAUUCAGCUUAACCAUGCAACGACCACAGUCUGGAGCAAUCUUCAGAGCCCUUCAGGUCAGCAUGUUCUCUAAUACCUGGCCUCUUGCCCAAGAAGAGGCUAAAUGGAUCUCUGUGUUCAAAACUGAGAUACCAGAAAUACGUGUGGCUUUUAGAUGGGGUUCAUCCAUGGGCUGCUGGAGGCCAUGACUGGGACUAACAGUCUUGCGGUUUGGCUGGGGCUGUCACUGUGAACUCUGAUACUUCUUUACAAUAUGCUGGAUGGGAAGGAUGCUGAGGGGGUGGGAGACAAUCUGACCUUUUUGUAUUUUGAACUUCAAUAAAAUUAUGUUGGCCUUUUCAGAGUCCUCAGACAA